GCUGCGGGGCUGCGGGAGCGCUGCCGCAGUCGCUGCCUGCCCGCCGCCGAGCCGCCCGUGCCGCUCCGCUCCGAAAGCCGCGCCUCAAGCCCGCCGCCGCCCUCCGUGGGCACCCCGGCCCCGCCAUGGUGAAGGUGACGUUCAACUCGGCUCUGGCCCAGAAGGAGGCCAAGAAGGACGAACCCAAGAGCAGCGAGGAGGCGCUCAUCAUCCCCCCCGACGCCGUCGCGGUGGACUGCAAGGACCCAGAUGAAGUGGUACCAGUUGGCCAGAGAAGAGCCUGGUGUUGGUGCAUGUGCUUUGGACUAGCAUUUAUGCUUGCAGGUGUCAUUCUAGGAGGGGCAUACCUGUACAAAUAUUUUGCACUUCAACCAGAUGACGUGUACUACUGCGGAAUAAAGUACAUCAAAGACGAUGUUGUCCUGAGUGAGCCUUCUGCCGAUGCCCCAGCUGCUCGCUACCAGACAAUUGAGGAAAACAUUAAGAUCUUUGAGGAAGAUGAAGUUGAAUUCAUCAGCGUGCCUGUCCCAGAGUUCGCAGAUAGUGAUCCUGCCAACAUUGUUCAUGACUUUAACAAGAAACUCACGGCCUAUUUAGAUCUUAACCUGGAUAAGUGCUAUGUGAUUCCUCUGAACACUUCCAUUGUUAUGCCACCCAGAAACCUACUGGAGUUACUUAUUAACAUAAAGGCUGGAACCUAUUUGCCUCAAUCAUAUCUAAUUCACGAACACAUGGUUAUCACCGAUCGCAUUGAAAACGUUGACCACCUGGGUUUCUUUAUUUAUCGACUGUGCCAUGACAAGGAAACUUAUAAACUGCAACGCAGAGAUACCAUUAAAGGCAUUCAGAAACGUGAAGUCAGCAAUUGUAUCACAAUUCGGCAUUUUGAAAACAAAUUUGCCGUGGAAACUUUAAUUUGUUCUUGAACAUUCAAGAAAAACAUGGAGAAAAACUUAAUAACACAGCAUAACCAUACUCUUUGUAUUUUGUGCAGUGAUUAUUUUUUAAAAUCUUCUUUCAUGUAAGUAGCAAACAGGGCUUCACUAUCUUUUCAUCUCAUUAAUUCAAUUAAAACCAUUUCCUUUUAAAAAUA